AUGUUUCAGCAAACGAAAACAAUUGGUGAAUAUACUCUCACAACUCCUACAAAUAAAGAUUACUAUAUAGAGUAUGAAGCCAAAAAAGUCAAUGGGCAAUCAUAUACUGCAAUGGAAGUCAUCAUUUCUCGUUUAUGUAAUUUUGAUUAUCCUCAAUUUCUUAAAAUUCGAAAUAUGAUUGAAAUUUUGGGAUCUCUAUCUCAUCCAUGCAUACACAGUUUAGCAAAUUAUAAAUUAGACGGUGAAAUCGCAUAUUUAUUUUUCGAAAAAAGCCAAGGAAAUGCAUUUACAUUAAUUCAAGAAAAAGGACAAUUACCAGAACCUGAAGCUGGUUUAAAAUUCUUAAGUGUUAUUGAUGCCGUUAAAUAUUUACACGAAAAUAAUAUAAUUCAUAAUGAUAUUAGGCCAGAAAACGUAAUUUAUAUUGACAGAGGAUUUAAACUAUCGAAUUUCAUGCAUGCUCAGUAUGUAGAUUUUGAUACAGUUACUAAAUCAUAUGGAACUUUAAAUUAUCAAGCUCCAGAAUUCUAUAUUGAUAGACAAACUCAAUAUCCUAAAGCUGCAGAUAUAUGGGCCAUGGGUUUGACUCUUCUAUUCAUUCUUACAGGCAAAGAUCCUUUUAUUAUUCCAGAUGAUCUCUCAUUAAAAGAAAAGAAGGAUUUUUUAACCCAGCAAAUUGUAGAAAGCAAAAUUAAGAUACCAGAAUAUCUCCAUCCCGCAGCAAAAAAUUUGAUUUCUAGAAUGCUCGAAUCAAACCCAACAAAACGAAUUACAGUUAACGAAUUGGAUAAGGAUCCUUGGAUCACAAGUUUAAGACUAGAAGAACGACGUAGAUUGAAAGCUGUUUCAGAAUCUCAUAAUUCUGACCUUUCAAGACCGAAAUCAGACACUUUUGGAUAUGUAACAUCCAAACAAUUAGCACCGUUCAAGGCAAAGAUGUUAGAAUUCUUUAUUUCUCUUGGAUUUAAGAUAAAAGAAAUUUCCAAUACAGAUUACAAUAUUGUUCAUCCAUUCCAUCGAACUGUAUUGACUCUUAAGCUAAUUGUUGACGGGAAUCAAAUUAAUGUUCAAUUGAACAAAUUAUUUUGUGAAAGUGAGAAUAUGUGGGAUAAAGUUACUGAUUUAUUUCCAGAAAGAGUGAUUAAUGCGCAAGACUAA